AUGAUCCUGAUGGUGAAGAGCCUCCUGCGGAUGCCAACCUUCGACAACAAAACGCUGAAUUUUGGGGAAACACUGAAGCACUUUUUAAAGCUUCGUCACCGGGAUGUGAUUGUCACCUCUGGUCUGCUCAUCACUAUGAGCUUCAGGACCUUCUCGGGGAUGCCGCGGCCCUCCGCCAUCGCAGCCAUGAGGGAGGUGUCUCAGCUCCGCCGGUGGGCACGAGGCGAGGAACCGGCGCCGCAGAUGCUGGUCCUCGGCUAUACUUCAUGGACGAUUCACCAGCACAGGACCAUGGAGAAUCAGCUCGCUGUUCAAGAAAGGCUGCUCGAGAUGCACCAAGCAAUUGUUCCCCAUCUACAGAAGACAAGUUUUUCCUGCUAUCAGGGGAAAAAAAAGAAAUAUAUAUAA